GCAUAAGCGCGUUUGAUGUUUGGAAGUUCAAUGCAAAAGGAAAACAGCAGAAAAACGUCGUGAGCGCGUCUUGGGUGUCUGGUGUAUAAUCGUGAAAAUUCGCUGGCUGUUUCGCGCUGACUGUACAAAAUAUCCCUAACACUGUAGUGAACAUUUGCGUGAAUAUUAAUAGUUGGCAGAAAAAAUCAGUUUUAUCAAAAAAAUCGAACCAACAAAAUAAGCCUGCAAUGUGUUGAUGGAGUGGGUGGUACAAGAUAGUGCUCAAAAAGGGAAGAGGGUGCGCUUCUGAGGAGAGAAAAGAAUCUUUCAAGAAAGGCAAAAACACCUUCAUUGCGAGUGUUCAAUAAAAACAAAGAUUCAUUUGAGCGCCAAAGGCUUAAGUUCAAUAACAAACAGCUAAUAUUGAAAAAAAGUUGUGUUUGGAUCGGCUUUGCAGUGUGUCGAGCGGACAUUUUCGACUGACUUGCGUGUAAAAGCUGUCCUAAAAAAUGCUGUUCCGCGUGUAAAAGGAAGGAGAAUCCAUGAAGAAAUUUGAAAUGUUGAGUUGAAAUUGUACGCAGAUUUUUUCGGCUAAGAGUUGUUUAAUAAUCAUUGUCAGUAGUUGCUUACCAUGGCGGGAUAUAAAUGCGUCAAUUUUGUCGACUUGUGCCGGCUGUGUGCCAGCAGCGGUGGAGGCAAAACAGGCAUUUUUUCGGAGGAGGGCAAGCGAAAAAACAUUCUGUCGAAAAUAACUGAAUAUCUAAAAAUAAGAGUGCAUGAGAAGGAUCGCUUACCAAAAAGUGUAUGUUCUAAAUGUCUAAAGCAACUGGACACUCAGGUUGAGUUUCGAGAGUCCGUUGUGAAGGCACAAGGAAUGCUGGAAAGUUGCUUGAACUCGACUAAACUGCGUAAUGGAGGCAUGGUUUACAUUAAAGACGACUCGAUUCGGGAGCAACAAACACUUGCCGUUAAAUCUGUCCCAAGUCCGAGUAAAUCAGAACCUACAGUUUUUACUACGUCUUUACCAACAGUUCAAACACAUCCUUUGCCAACGCAAGCUUCCCACAUUAAGCUAGUCCCUGCUUCCGUUAGCGGUACGGCACAGCAAGUGACGGGAUCCAUGUCCAACGCAUCUACCAUGGCUACCCCAAUCAUCAUUAACAGUUUACCGAGAGCAUUUAACACCCAGCAAGCUUCUAGUGGCAACAAUAUUCCGGCAACGGCAACCAUAAUGGCUCCAAAUGCUGACUUUCUCAGUAGUAUUAUUCAAGCAGUUGGAAUUCAAUCGGGUGAAUCGCAAACAUUGGUGCAACCAGCAAGUCAGCAGCAGUCACAAACAUCCAAUCAAUCGCAACAGAUGGCACAGUACACGAUCACUCUGGAUGGCCAAACGAUCAAAACUAAUCAGAUUCACUACAAGAUUCAGGAUACGAAUCAGACGUUUGUUUCUGCUGGAGCCAGCGGGGAUGCGGAACAGCAGCCUGUAGCCAAUCAGCAGAUGGACGAAUUUCUCAAGUUAAGAACACCGGUCAAGACGAUGAAAAGAGAAUUCGUUGAAAGGACGCCUCCUGAAUCUUCAUCGGCGAAGAAACCGAAGAUCAGCGUUGUAUUCAAAUCACCGACGGCGACUCAAUCGACAGUAACACCAACUAAGACAUCUAUUCAAACGACGCCCAGCUCGCCUAUUGUCGUAUCAAGCAGUCCAAUAACCAUCACUCCAGUGUCACCAGCGACAAGCCUUGGAAACUUUUCAACUGGCGCAGUGAUCACAAGUACCCCUACCAGUAGCACUGUGGCUACCAGCAGUACUCCUUUGAAAACAGCAUCUAUCCCGCUGUUAGACGCUAGCAAGAUGAUGCAGGCCAAUAAGUGCGUUGUUCCAAUUAUGUUGAAAACGGACAGUGGAGGAGAACAGAUAGCUCUAGCACCGAUUGCUAAUGUUAGUGAUAUGAACAAAGGAGUUGUUCCCAGUGUACAGUACGUGCAAAUGAAAAUUCAACCAGGAUCGGAUGGCAUGUUCCGACUAGCUCCUGUGCAGAUGCCGCCAGCUCUUACACUUACUCCACAGGGCCUGCAACAGUUUGGUAUACAACCGUUACAAACAGUGCAGGCACAACCAUCGCAACAUCAGAUUCAAAUUCAACCGCAAGGGCAACUGUCAAUGCCAAGUGUUCAGGUGCCACUAUCAAAUUAUCUCAGUCUAGUCGAAAAAUCCUCUCAAGUACAGGCAGCAGUUGAGGCACAAGCUGCCCAGGCAAACCUUGUAAUUUCAACUCAACACAUCCAACAGCAACAGCAACAACAGCAGCAGCAACAUCAACAACAACAGCAGCAAUCACAGCCACAAGUUCAACAAUCGCAGGUUCAAAUAAUACAUCGACAAGCGGUCCAAACACAACCGACACAGCAACAACCACCUCCUGCUCAGCAAACUCAACACAAACCUCAGAAAGUUAACCCACCUGCUUCUACAACACAGCCAUCGCAAAUACCACAACAACAACAUCAACAACCAUGCCGAAGGCAACCCGAUCGCGAUGAUCAUUUAAAUUCGUCCAGUGAGUCUACUGAGGGUUCGCAGACGGCGCAAUCCAUUGCGGCCACACAGCAGAUGAAGGCCAUCUCUGCCCUGUCCGUAAAGCAGGAAUCGACUGAACACGGAAACAGUGCGUCCGGUAGUGGAAUCAGUGGUACAAUAGGGGUUAGCUUCACCUCAUGCAAUGUGUGCUCCAAAUCGUUCAAACGGAAGGAGCACCUGAUGCAACAUCUUAAGUCACAUGUAGGACUAAGACCGUUCAAGUGCGAUGAGCCCGGCUGUCACAAAUCGUUCAGCCGAAAGGAACACCUUAUGAGACACAUUGUUUCGCACACUGGCAAGAAGUUGUUCUCCUGUCCCGUGUGUCGGAAAUAUUUCUCGCGCAAGGAUAAUCUCAACAAGCAUAAAAAGACUCACCAGGAGAAUAGUAAUUCAGCACCGUUCCACUGUUCUAUAUGCAACAAGGGUUUCUUUAUCAAAGGUCAAUUCCUGAAGCACAAACAAAUGCAUGAUUCUAUGGCAGUGGGGUCGACUGAACAAAAGGUUUUCAAAAAACUGCCAGCUAAAGAAAAGAGUGAUACUGCACCAGCGCAAUCUGUAUCGCAACCGCAGCAGCAACCACUGCAACAACAGCAGCAACAGCAACCAGUUCAAGUUCAACAAACGCAGUUACCCAUGCAGCAACAGCAGCUGCAGCAAGCUACCACCAUCCAGCCACAGCAGAUUUUCACAAUUCCUGCACAACUCCAAAACAGUGGCAAGGGUCCAAUCAUCCACCAGCUGCAGAUCGCCAUGCCGAACAGUAUUUCCAGCCAUGUCCAGCAAACCCAGCAGGGUACCAUACAGACUCUAGCCGGCCUAGGAGGUGGCACCAAGACGGCGACGGUUUACACCAUUCCGUCGAAUUUUGUCAUUGACGGAGCGCAGUUUAUUGGCACUUCUGCUGGCAGAGAACUGAUGAGUAAUAUCAAAAUCGAACAGAUUACCUAGGAGCGAAAGGUACUGUGGAUCAACUAGUAGGGUAAUAGCCUGGGUUAAGAGCACUGUUGAAGUAAUUUAUUGCCAUAGUAAGUUGUUUUAAGUUGUUGUUUUUAGUUCAUUGCCAUAUUUGUGACAGGUGCAUUUAGGUUACGCGUGCGUUAAGGGAGGAUCGUGCAUUUAUGACCGAAGAGCUCAGGUUCAUGUCGUCCUAGGAAUCUGAUAACACUGUAGCACACUGAAAGUAAUCUGCAUUUAUCUGGUGUUGGGAUCUGUAUUUUUUUCAAAUACUGAAAUACCCAACGAAUGCAUGAAGUAUACCUUGAAUCUGAGCGCUUUAUUUCAACUAUCGUGCAAAAAUAUCUAAAUUCAACUAUCGUGCAAAAACUCCAACAGUUUUAUAUAAUUCAACAAAGCCAUAGUGUUAAUAAAAUUUUCAUUAUACAACUUA